UUAUUUAUAUGAUUUCAGGCAAGAUGACUCUAGCAGCAAUUUUAAUAUUCCUAAGUGCGUCUGUCACAGUAUACAGUCUACCUCAUCCACGUAUUACGGACCAAUCCUUAUACAAUUUUCCGUUUAUAUCUCGAGAAGAAUGGGGCGCAAAUCUAGCACAAGGCGCUACAACGGAUCUUAACACACCGGUGCCAUACGUAGUUAUACAUCACUCGUAUCAGCCCGGAGCUUGCAACAGCACCGACGAGUGCUCUCGUGCAAUGAGAUCUAUGCAGAACUAUCACCAAUUCGGUAACGGCUGGUCGGACAUCGGUUACAACUUUGCGGUUGGCAGCGAUGGACAGGCGUAUGAAGGACGAGGAUGGGGUCUAGUUGGCGCGCACGCGGUCGGCGUUAAUACUCUUAGCAUUGGAAUUGUACAGAUCGGUGACUGGAUUGCAACCGUCCCGCCUGAACAACAACUCCAAACAACAAAACAGCUGAUCGCAGCUGGCAUAGAAAUGGGCAUCAUCAGUCCUAACUAUAAGUUGAUCGGCCACCGACAAGUUAAAAAUACUGAAUGUCCUGGCGAGGCGCUGUUUGCAGAGAUCUCGACUUGGGAUCAUUUUGAUUCUGAAUUUUAGAUAACGAUAUAAAACCACUUAUGUGACCUCUAUGACAGUUCUUUUUAUAGUAUUUAUUAAUUAUUAUUUAUUAAAUACAAGACAAUCAUAACUUAUAA